AUGGCAACUACAAAAAGAGUCCCUUCUAAAGUCCAAGCAGCCCAAAUCGGACGAGCCUCGGAUUUAUACAUCAACCGCGAGGACUCUCAGACCAGGUGGAACGACGUAAUCACGCAAGCGGGCGAACUGCCGAGCCUGAGGUCCUUACAUCUUUCGCGGCAAUUCUUCCAGCAAACGCCUUCCUCACGUCUUGUCGUCAAGGCGCCUAAUCUCGAGCAUCUAUGCGUCGACUGCUAUGCCACAGUCAGCGCCCCGGCGUUGCGCUCGAUCAAGUUUACGAACAUUCCGCCUAACUUCCCACAACUUCUGAAGGCUACCCUGAACUCUUGCUCAGAGCUCGAGGACGUUGAUAUAGUGGCACCCGAGUGCAACUCCGUCAUGACCUGGAAAGGCACAUAUGCUUGCUUGCCUGACUCGAAGAUCCAGUCGCUUAACUUGACCUUCUGUGGAUGGAAUGCAUUCCCAAGACUGUCAGCAAUCGUUCUUCCGCAUCUCGCACGCCUCACCACGAACGUCCCCGCCCGGAUCAUUUCAUCUGUCUUGACCGAUCUUUCAGUGGAGGGAGAGAUACAGGACGUCCUCGUUAUGCUGCGUGGCAUGCUAGCGCUCGAGACUCUUCAUAUAGGAAGUCGGACGUUCACAAAGGCGCUCAGGGAAGUCACGCACCUCAUCGUACUGCCUCGUUGUCACACCAUCCAUUACCGGGGAUUGCUCGACGCAUGCCUUGUUAAGCUUUUGGAAAACGUCACAGUACCUCGCUUGUCAUACCUUCAGCUUCACUCGGAUAUGGACGCGCUGCGCAACGGCGGAUCGUACGGCGCCGCAAUAGAAGGACAUGGCCCUUCGCCUGGAGUGGGUUUCGAAGCCCACGUGCGCGACCUCGGCAAGAUCUCUUCCUCCCUGCAAACCAUUGCCUCAGCGCCCGCUCACCUAUCCAUAACUUGCAAACGCGACUCUCCAGCGUCAUUCACAGAGUUCCAGUUCGCAGUUCAAGAUGCAUUCGCAAAGGCGCAGGCGAAGCCGGGCUUGUGCGUGAGCGCGACAACUGUUGAGGGCGCCCACGAUCAACCUCGCUCUGUCUUUUCGCAUAUGCUCCAACUAUGCGCGUGGGGGUCAAUAGCCACCGUGGAGCUAUCGCUUCUUCCUCCUACGCCAGCUGCGGAAGGAUAUCUAUGCACCGAUCCCUUACACGCUGAGGAUGAAGGCAACCGCGCUCUUCUCGCACAAAACUUGAUGCGCAUGACUGGUGUUCAAAGCCUGACGGUAAAUCUGGCAAAGGCCACCUCGGAUCAAGGACUGGCACUACUGCGUUCCCUAAGUGGCUUACAAGGCGCGUGGCCGCGUUUGGAGCGCGUCUGCAUCCGGCGCCCGCACGAGGAGUGCACGUCUCUGGUGCACGACAGUAAUUCGAGAAGCCAGUGGUUGGAUGAGCUGCAUAUACUCGUUAGAAGAAGGCAGGUGGUGUGCUUUGCGGACAACGGCGAAACGGUCGAGGUGACGCUGCAGUGUCAAUUAUUCGGGAAGGGUAUCAAGUCCUGA